AUGACCGCCACGACCGCCAAUGGCCACGCCAAAGGGCAGCGCCAUGUCGAAGAAGGUCAAGGUCUCCUUGUGCGCGAUGCCUACGAUGACGACAACAACGACCUUGGGGAUGGCAACGAAAUCGCCCAUCCGCCGCGAUCCGCGAACCGCGUCCACUUUGACCUGACACCAGAGAUCAUGGGCAGCGACGACGGGAGGUUCUCGAGCGAAUUCGACAUGGAAGAUGGACAGCAGCACCAUCACAGGGUUCCCCUGUUGACGGACAUGGAGGCGCCGAGCGUCGCGGUCGCCAAUGCACUCGGUGGUGACGACGCCGAGACCCUCCAGGCUGAAAUGAGACGACCAAAGUCGGGCAUGCAGAGCGCAUUUAUGAACAUGGCCAAUUCCAUUAUCGGCGCUGGCAUUAUCGGGCAACCGUACGCCAUGAGACAGGCUGGCCUGCUCUCUGGCACGCUGCUCUUGAUCGGUCUUACGAUCCUGAUCGACUGGACGAUCCGCCUCAUUGUGAUCAACAGCAAGCUCAGCGGGACGAGCAACUUUCAAGGGACGGUCGAAUACUGCUUUGGGAAACCGGGGCUCAUCGCCAUCAGCCUGGCGCAAUGGGUCUUUGCGUUUGGCGGCAUGGUGGCAUUUGGUGUCAUUGUUGGCGAUACAAUCCCGCACGUGCUUUUGGCCGUCUGGCCUGGGAUGGCGAAUGUGCCUGUUAUCGGGCUUUUGACAGAUCGAAGGAUAGCCAUUGCAGUGUUCUGCAUGGGAGUGAGCUACCCCCUUACGCUGUACCGGGACAUUGCCAAACUGGCAAAAGCCAGCACACUCGCCUUGAUAGGCAUGGCGGUCAUUGUGGUGACGGUGCUCGUGCAGGGUGUGAUGGUGCCGAAGGAAGAAAGGGGUGGUUUUGACUUGCCGACCCUGACGAUCAACGGCGGUAUCUUCCAGGCUAUUGGCGUCAUUUCCUUUGCCUUUGUCUGCCAUCACAACUCGCUACUCAUCUACGGCUCGCUCAAGACACCGACCAUUGACAACUUCUCUCGCGUCACGCAUUGGUCCGUGGGAGCCUCGACGGUGGCGUGCCUCACCAUGGCCCUUGCCGGGUUCCUCGUGUUCGGCGACAAGACGCUUGGCAAUGUCCUGAACAACUUCCCUUCCGACAACAUCAUGGUCAACGUCGCCCGUCUCUGCUUCGGUCUGAACAUGCUGACGACCUUGCCUCUCGAGGCUUUUGUGUGUCGCGAAGUGAUGGAGACUUAUUUCUUCCCCGACGGCCCCUUUAGCUUGCGGCGCCAUGUUCUCUUCAGCACUGGUCUUGUUGGCGGCGCAACACUCAUCAGCCUGCUCACUUGCGAUCUGGGCGCGGUGUUUGAGUUGGUUGGCGCAACAAGUGCCGUGGCCAUGGCAUAUGUCAUGCCGCCCAUGUGCUACAUCAAGUUGACCACGCGGAAUUGGCGCACCUACCUGGCGUAUGGGGUUGUUGCAUUUGGUGCGGCGGUCAUGGUGAUCAGCACAUUCCAGGCCAUCGAUAAGCUGGUGUAUGGCACCGACGAGCCAGCGAAAUGUACUUGA